AAGAAGAAGAUGAUUGCGUAGUGUGUCGUUUGACAAGUUCACUGCGGAGUCCUCUUAAUCACAUGGCUACUACAAACACGUUAUUGUUUCUGUAGUCGCACUGUGCUUCUUGAAUCAGUCAUGUCGCAAGAAUCGUCUGGGUUCUCUCCGGCUGCUCAAGUCCAACAUGGAUCCAGUGAGGGUCCUUUAAGGGCUGCAUAUAUUCCAAAUGAAGAAGAGAGGCGUGUCUUCAGAGAAUGCAAUUCAGAAAGUUUCUGGUAUAGAUCCUUGCCAUUUUCUGCCAUUGCAAUCACAGUCACUCAGGUAUUGGUAUCUAGAGGAAUGCUUGCUCCAUCGCCCCGAUUUGGCUCCCUUCCUAAGGUUGCCAUUGCGGGCAUAAUUGGAUACAUCAGUGGCAAAAUGUCUUACAUGAGAGUGUGUCAAGAAAAGUUUGUGAAACUGGAGAACUCCCCACUUGGAGAGGCGCUGCGCCAGGGACAUCAGCGUCAUGUGCCUUCUGAGGUAGACCAAUCAGAGUUGGCAGAUCCAAACCUAUCAGAAUCUCAACAGUCUGCUUCUAAGUUAGAGGUGCAACCUGUGACAGAAUUCAGUUCAAUGCCAGAGAACGACAGUAGUUACUCCAGUGACUAUACAUACAGCAGCCCCUCCCAGUCAUAUGACCCCACACAUUUUAGCUCUGGAUUCAGUGAUUCUGGACCUGUAAGCAUCAGGGAUGGCAUUACUCCUCAAGAUGAGGACGUGCCCAAGAAGAAGCCUGUGUUGUACGAAGAUCUGCGUAGUAAGAACAGAGAGAACUACGAGGUCACUCUCACGCAGAAAGCCGAAACACUGCUAAAACCACAAUCAGCGCUGCCUGCACCUAAGAAAGAAGUUAAAAAGAACAAUUAUGGAGAUGCUUGGGAUGAGUGAGAGUGAACUGGAGGAUCAACAGUCCAAAGGAUGUCAGUGAGACUUCACGAUCUGAAUAGUGACUUCUGUGGAGUUUGUUCAUGCCUCAAUCUGCCAGAUCACACUUAAAGCCACAAUCAAAUUCUGAAUUGAAGACAGAUGUACUGUAAGGAGCAAAGUUUUGGAAAUGAAUGCAUAUUUGUUUGAAUAAAACCAUUCACGCUCUUUGUUUCUGGUUACAAAUGUGGUUUCAGAAGAAUGUUUAUCUUCUUGUUUUAAGCAGAUUUUAGCUAAAUAAUUUUAACAAAGUUUUUUAUUGAUUGAGAAAUUCUGUCCAGAAAUGCUUUAUUUUUGUUAAAAGAUAAUGGUAUUUGUUUUAAAAUUAAGAUUCUUUACAAUAAACCUAGAAAGUGGAUGUGUAGUAAAAACUGUAUUGCCUUUAAGCCAGCAAUAAGUUAUAAGGAUAAGCUUGUUUUGAAUUUUCCUUAAAUACAACUUCAAUUUCAGUCACAGGAUCAUGUUAGCUAACCCUGCCACACAAGGUAUCUUAUUUGAGAAGCUUUAAAUUAAGGUGAUUCACAUUUAAAUGUUGAACCCAAACAUUUCAAAUAGAGCCUGUAAUUCAGUUGCAGCUCUGUUUUCCAAAAUGUAAAUAUCAAGUAUAAUUAAGUCAAACUAUUAUACAGGUGAAACUCGAAAAAUUAGAAUAUCGUGCAAAAGUUCAUUAAUUUCAGUAAUUCAACUUAAAAUGUGAAACUAAUAUAUUAUAUAGACUCAUUACAAGCAAAGUAAGAUAUUUCAAGCCUUUAUUUGAUAUAAUUUUGAUGAUUAUGGCUUACAGCUUAUGAAAACCCCAAAUUCAGAAUCUCAGAAAAUUAGAAUAUUACAUGAAAUCAAUAAAAAAAAAGGAUUUUAAAUACAGAAAUGUCAGCCCUCUGAAAAGUAUAAUCAUGCAUAUGUACUCAGUACUUGGUUUGGGCCCCUUUUGCAUUAAUUACUGCCUCAAUGCGGCGUGGCAUGGAUGCUAUCAGCCUGUGGCACUGCUGAGGUGUUAUGGAAGACCAAGAUGCUUCAAUAGCGACCUUCAGCUCUUCU